UUCAACAUAGUUGUAGUUUCUAUGUUCAUCAUAGCACUAGAAUCGACGCAAUCUGUGAUGGGUACAGCGUACUGGUACAAUCCCUGCCGUCAUAACACCAACAAAAUUCCAUCUUUCACUGGAUACCCGAUAACAAAGGACGAUAUGACCAGAAUGAAGGAACAGCUGAAUACGUCGUUGGGAUCCGUGCAGGAAUCAGUGAGAAAUUUUACGCAGACAAUAUUUGGAGCAACGAUAAAGGAUUUUCUUAAAAUUUGGUACAAUAAUGGUAUUACACGGGUUCAUUGGCUACAUUCUGAUUUUAGCAUUCCACAAAAAUUCUCCGUCGAUUCAUAUAAUAAGAUAUUGAAAGAUUUAUCUAUGAAAAAUCUUGUGGAUAUACAUCAUGCGUUUCACCAUCUUAUGAAAGAUUCGUAUCGUAGAUAUAUACGGAUUGCAAAAGCGAUUGAGCGAAUGAAAGAAGAUAUGCAAGAUCCGAAAUAUGUUGUCCGAUAUGAACGUGGUCGGCUGGAAUUACUGAAUCUUAUUAGAGAAGAAGUACGGAAAAACCUUAAGCAAGUACUGUGUGAAAUUCAGGAGUGUUUGCUUAAAAUAGAUCAUAGUUUUGUUAAUCAACUUAUGAACGAAGAUGAGACAAUAGAUAUAAAUUAUGACUACAAAGAUGAAACCAGCCGACAUCUUCGAGAUGGUUUGAUUUAUGGUGAUUUGGUAGUCACAUUAGAACAUAUUCUGUACUUCAUGAAAGCUUACGAAAUUAUGGACUCCUAGAAGUUUCUAAUGUUGAAUCAAUCAAUAUAUAUUUGGCAUAAAAGCCUCGUACAAAAACAUUAACCUUCAGCAAACCCGUGAGAGCAUAGUGUGUGACAUAGAUAAGGAUCAAGAAAUGCAUAUGUUAAUGCUUUAACAAUCAAAACAACUAACAAACUACAUUUUAAAUGCUCGUUGAAAGUUAUAUCACAGGGUUAAUGUGAUUUAGUGUUUAUGCUAA